CAGAUACAUACUAGUUUUGCACAAGAGCUUGCGUUUAUUGAGAGGAGCGUUGAAUGUGUGAAUUAACGAAAGAUCAGUCCAGUUCUCGUCUAGUAAAUAUUCGGGUGUCCUCCAAGGCUCUUGUGUUAUAGUUUAUUUAAUUUAUUUGUAUGGUAGUAGAAAUUUUAGUGUAACAAUGUCGGAUGCUAGCAGUUCUUCUAAAAUAUGGACCAGAUUUGAGUCGAAGAAACCAGAUGGCAGCAUUAUAAAACUAAAGAUUGAAAAUAGGCCUGUGGAACCUGAGAAUGAUGUUUUUGAAUUUCUGAUGGAGCAUUUUGUCACAGAGGAAGCUGUUCACAAAGCAUCAGGCGUAUCAAAGAACGCAGAUGCAGUAAAAGAAUAUAGAGAGUUGAUGACACUAGUUUUCACAGCAGUACCAAUACAUGCAACAGCGUGUUGUAUCGAUGAUGACUCGGACACGAGGGGUAAAAUCCUCGGAUUAUCAGUUGUACAACUGAUGAGGAAUACGGAUAAGUUUGAAGAUUUAAUAAAAGACAUGGUGUUCAAGACAGAAGAAAUGCAACGAUUAUUGUAUGCUGCUAAAGUAUUAGAUGGCUACACUGAGGAUAAAUCAGAAUACGAUAUCUUUUACUACGGCAGAGGAGUGAUUGUACACCCAGAUUACAGAAGAUUGGGCAUAGCGGUGGAACUUGUAAGAGUUAGAGAGUUAAUCUGCAAAGAUACAGUCAUUUCGAUGACUUGUGCUUGGAUGUCAGCAAGAGGUAGCCAAAAGGCAGCGGAAAUUAAUUCAUGGAGGACUAUGUCAGAGGUGCCGAGGGAAGAAUUGGAGGAAAAGACUGGAUUUACUUUCGAUAAGAAUCUACCUAGUUUUAAGUUUAUGUUUAAGGAUGUAUUAAUAUGAGAGUUUCAAUAAACGCUGCUUGAAAAUUU